AUGUCUAAUUUUCUAAAAUAUUAAAAAGUAAUUAGAGAAGAAAAAAUCAUUUGCUUAUCUAAAACAAUCAAAAAAGAAAAAAGAAAAAAUUAAUACACAGUAGAAUUCAAAUUUGGUAGUGAUAUAGAUGUUUCUAUGCUUAAGUAAAUUAUUCAAGUUAAUCAAUAAAUACCUGCUUAUAUCCCCUUAAAUAUUACAUUUAGACUUGAAUCAGAUAUAUUAAUUCCAUUAUAAUUGGAUCCCAAUCUCUAAUUAGGUGCUUUAGCUAUAGAUCCAAUUUCAUAUAAUUAUAGAAUAAUUAAGUAUGAUAAACAUCAGAACAAUUAUAUAUUUUAUUUUGAGCCAAUCGAUAGGCCCUUUACUCCUCUCUAAAUAGUAAAAAAUACAUUAGAAAAAUAUCAUCCAUCUUUAGGAGAACAAUUUGAGUUAUUUCAUUUGAAUAUAUUGAAAAAAGAUAAAUUCACCAUUGCUACUGAGUAAGAAAUUUAAGAAUAUGAAAACAGCAUUAAAAAUUCUUUUGCAGUAUAUAUUUAAAAAAAACAAAAAGGUAAAAUAACUACAUUGAUAAAAUCCAUCAAUACUUAAUAUUUGUAAUUAAUGGGAAUUAAUGAUGAAAUGUUGCAGGAUUAUAUUAAUUAAACAGGAUUAUUGCCAUGGUGUUUUUGCAAUGAAAAUCAAUAAUAUAUGAAUCUAAUUAAAGGAAUGUUUCAAGGUGCUCACUAACAGAUUAAUAGUUCAAUGCCAGCAAUCAAUUUUAAUGGAUAAAAGUUUGAAGUAAAAAUAACACCUCGAAAAUUUCAUAUAUAUAAUUAGGAUGACGAUUCCUAUAUAUAAUUUAUGUUCUUUUAAUAAGAAUAUAAUUCCUAAAUUAUAACAUAAAAUUAAAUUGCUUUAAAUAUGAUUGAAUAUUUUAAUCUAAAACCUAAAAUAAUUAAAUAAGAAAUUAUUGAAGAUGAUUAAAUAAAAAGAUGUAAAUUUAGAAAAAUUUGA